AUGCCUUCCAAAUUCUGUUUGUUAAAACUUUUCUCUAGCAGAAGCGUAAUCAAAGGAACAGAUCUCAACAAAUCUAGAAUCUGUAAGUUCUAUAGAAACUAUGCAGAUUCAACCAAAGCCGAAUCGACAUCCAAGCAAGUGAUGGUUCAAGGGACAGCUGACGACCCAGUGUUGCGCGUGCGUCGCGCCCGUCCCGCGGACAUAACGCGAGUUAUACGCUUCGUGAAAGAUAACGUGCGUCUCGCCUGGCCGGGGCUGGUCAACCAGAACUCGACGAGCAACCAUGUUGUGAUGUCAGAUUUCGUAGCUAGAACCCUAGCUCAAGGCCAUUCGAUGUUAGCUGAACAGCAAGAAGGUAAACGCGGCUGGUCACAAAUACGCGGAGUCGCCAUCAAUACCUGCGUGUGUCCUUGGGAUGCCUCGUUGUUGGAAAAGUGGGCGAAAUGUGUUCGAUGUAUACAAUCGAGGAAAAUGAUGAUGUUCACAGCUCACUGUCUGAGGGCGCCAGAAUUACAUGACAAGUAUAGAGUGCAAAACAUAUUACAGGUUAUACUAUUGGUGCCGCCUGACUCUCCCCGGUCUGCAGAAGUGGUCUACAUGCUAGCCAAAAAGUCCAUACACCGCGGGCGCGAACUUGGCUUUCCCUUGCUGCGGUUUGAUGUCACAGAUGAACCAAUAGCAAAAAUUUUGGAACAUUUGCAAUUGAAAAGGGAAUACGCAUUUAACUAUGAAGUUUUACCUGCUGAUAUAAGAGUAUAUAAAAUGGAUUUGAAUAAGGAUGAAAAACCUAGCAACGAAAAGAAGGCUACUAAAAAUAAUUGUGUCACCGUGUACACUGCUUUUCCUGGAGCUGAAAAAAUAUAA